GCAUCAAACCAAUGCACUGCUCUGAGGCUGGCUGAGCAGCUAUGAGGAGUGCGUCAGCAGUACAUUCACGUUCCCACUGAAGGACAAAGGGAGGGGGCAGAGCGAGCAUCUUAGCUGCCUGCAACACCGACACACAUCGAAGGGGGGGAAUAGAGAAAAAAGAGAGAUUGGAGAAUAAACAAGAAGAGGAGAUGUGGAUUAGAAUGCUGCUCCUGCUGUUUCUCUGACGGUGGGCUGCCUGUUAGAGCGCUCGCGUGCCUCUCCAUCUCUCUCUCUCUCUCACACACACACACACACACACACACACUCUCUCUCCUUCGCACACUCUAUCUUUUUCUUGCUCUUGAUCUGUCAGUGGUUCUCUCAUUCAUUCUCUUUCGGGCUCUCUUUCCCCUCUUUUUCUCUCUCUCUCUCUUCUACUCUGGCUACUGCAGUAGUCCACCAGCCAGCCGCAAGUCUGACAGCCACACACAUGGCUAACUGCCACAACUUACUACCUCAGUCCUGGAGAAAAAACUAACAAAAAAGCAAGCAGAAGACCACUGCAGGACGCAGCCUGGGGGACAAAGAGCAAGCGGAGAGAAGGAUCCUCAACACCAUUCUCUGCUUAUGGAUACAGAUACGGAGCCCACUUCCACACACAUCCUUCAAGCGUAAUCCUCUCUGCAUUCUCUCAUUUCAGAAGAGGACAAGUGCUCUCUCUCUCUUCCGACAGCCUUUUGCGAAGCUCCAACAGUGCAGCGUAUCCUCUUCUACACCCCCCACACAGCGCCACCAUCUCUCCCACCACCCCCACCCCCCCUCCCCCCAGGAGGAAUAGACGGAUUACUGCUAGCUGUGCACACAGCAGCCUGCAGCUGCUCUGACCAGGGCCAGCCCAACAUUGGGAGGAAGCAAGAGGAACACAGAGGAGGAGAGGAGAGGAGAGGGGGAUGACUGUGCCGGGAGUUCUUUAGCCUUUUUCUGUCUCUCAGUCUCUGUCACAACAGGGCUAAUCAGCGACCGACAAGCCCUUGGCAAAGUCACAGUGAGGGAGGUCUCUCACCCAAACAGGCGACCAGCCGGACGAGCCAACACAUGUAUCAGGACCUGACAGAACUGAGGAUUUUUAUUCAUUUCACUUGGUCACUUCUUCUCUCCUCUUCUGUCGUGUUUAACUGCGUUAUGGAUCGUUGUGAUUUAUCUAUAGUGCAGCUGCAUUUUGGAGUCUGCUGCCUGGCAGAGGGACAGUUGGUGGGGGCAGAAGGAAUCUGGGCACCUGCUAAGCCUUCAUGGCCUUACUGCUGUCUGUGAGUGUUUUCCAUGCUGCUCUCAGUCUUUAAUAUCAGGAGCCAUUUUGUACCCUUGGCUAAUAGAGGGCCACACUACUUUCUUAAAAAAGGAAAAAGAAGAAACCAUCUAUCUCAUGCCAUUCUGUGGAAAGGAAUUACACAUGAAUGCUGUAUGUGACUGUUGUGCUUAACAUUUGGAAAGAGGCAAAAAGGAGGACUUUCAAACUAAUGAGCAUCUCCCUGCACUGUCGAUGGAACUUUGGAGCCUUGAGUUGCUCCAGCCAGGCUAGGGUGGUCUGUCAUUUGGUGUGUGCCAUAUCCCCCCACCAUGCAGAAUAAUGAGCCCUCCACACCAUGAGUCCUCUGGGCCAGGUUAGUGUGCAGCCUACCUGGAAUGCAGCCCUGCUCGCCGUGCUUUCCCUCAUGGUGCCUGCCUUCACUAUGUGCCAGUCCACAGGCCCUGAGUUCGGCUCAGCUAAGCCACAGAACUGUCCAGGUGUGUGCUCCUGCACUAACCAGCUCAGCAAGGUGGUGUGUACCCGCAGAGGGCUGAUUAGGGUUCCUCCUAACAUCCCAGCCAACACCAGGUACCUGAACCUAAUGGAAAACAGCAUAGAAACCAUACAGGCAGAUACAUUUAGACACCUGCAUCACUUGGAGGUACUACAGUUGGGCAGGAAUGCUAUCAGGCAGAUUGAAGUGGGGGCCUUCAAUGGUCUAACCAGUCUCAACACCCUGGAGCUGUUCGACAACAGACUGACAGUCAUACCUAGUGGAGCUUUUGAAUAUCUAUCAAAGCUUAGAGAAUUGUGGCUUAGAAACAAUCCCAUUGAGAGCAUCCCCUCUUACGCCUUUAAUCGUGUCCCCUCACUCAUGAGACUGGACCUGGGAGAGCUGAGGAAGUUGGAGUACAUCUCAGAUGGCGCUUUCGAGGGCCUUCACAACCUGAAGUACCUGAACCUGGGGAUGUGCAAUCUGAGGGAGUUUCCCAAUCUUUCACCACUGGUGGGAUUGGAGGAGUUGGAGAUAUCAGAGAAUGUUUUCCCUGAACUGAAGCCUGGAGCAUUCCGUGGCCUCAAGAAUUUACGUAAACUAUGGAUUAUGAACUCUGCCAUUACUAUGAUUGAAAGGAAUGCAUUUGAUGACAUCACAGCCUUGGUGGAGCUUAAUUUAGCCCACAAUAACCUGUCGUCUCUCCCCCAUAACCUCUUCACCCCCCUGCAGUAUCUGGUGGAGCUACAUCUUCAUCACAACCCAUGGCGAUGUGACUGUGAUGUAGUGUGGCUCUCUUGGUGGCUCAGAGAAUACAUUCCCACAAAUUCCACCUGCUGUGGACGCUGCCACACUCCAGUCCACAUGAGAGGACGCUACCUAGUGGAAGUUGAUCAAACAACCUUUCAGUGUUCAGCACCAUUCAUACUUGAUGCUCCAAGAGAUCUUAACAUUUCAGCAGCGAGGGUGGCAGAGCUUAAGUGUCGCACAGCUGCCAUGAGCUCAGUACGAUGGCUUCUCCCUAAUGGAACUGUUUUGACCCAUGGCUCGGCUCAUCCAAGAAUAUCUGUCCUUAAUGAUGGAACACUUAAUUUCUCCAAUGUUCUCCCAUCAGAUACAGGUGUUUACACUUGCAUGGUGAGCAACAUGGCAGGAAAUUCCAACGCCUCGGCCUACCUAAACGUCAGCAAUGCUGAACUCAAUACAUCUAAUCUGUCCUACUUUACCACUGUAACGGUGGAAGUUUUGGCGCCCACAGUGGAGGAGACCCCUAAACCCAAGCCCACUGUCCCUGCAUCACCCUCUGUAUUUCAACCCGUCUUUAUCUCCACACCUACUGUGCUAUUUCAAAACACUCAGACUCCAAGGCAGGUAUCAAUUCCCACUGCCAGAGUCCCUAGUGAGCCAGCUGCCAGCCUGGAUGAGGUGAUGAAAACCACCAAAAUCAUUAUUGGGUGUUUUGUUGCUGUUACCUUGCUGGCAGCUGCCAUGUUAAUAGCGUUCUAUAAGUUGCGCAAGAGGCAUCAACAGAGAAGCACCGUGGCAGCAGCCAGGACCAUAGAAAUCAUACAGAUGGAGGAAGAAGUUCCUCCUGUUCCACCGCCCACAUCUGGAUCUAGUGGCUCUGAUGACACAGGUUUAGUACUGCCUACACUGGUGGAACACAACAGCAACACCUUUAAGCCUGGGUAUGUGUCCUCCUCAUCCCGCCAGGGCGGUUACGGUGCCCAUUGGACUCAGAACAACUCUCUUCACCGCUCUGUUAGACAGCAUCACAGCCACAUCAGCACCAUUGCUGAUCCCUACGUCAUUAAGACUACUCAUGGCAAGGACAAGGUUCAAGAGACCCAAAUCUGAGUACGCUCCCUAUGGAUUUAUGUCUGACUCUGUCCGAACCUCUCCCCUCAUCUCUGCUCACCAGUCCAUGCAAUAGAAUGCACAAAGAACAGAACGGUAACUUUCUUUUGUACAGAAGUGCAAAACAGAGACAUUUUUUGUUUCUUGUACAUGCCUAUACAUAAGUAUAUAAAUAUGAAAAAAAUAAAUAAAUAUAUAUAAAUAAAACUACCGUCAGGCAGUGGUGAGACAUGCAAAUUAUAUUAGAAAAGAAAGUAAUUUGAAACUAUUUUCUAAUAACUGGUGACUUCUAUUUAAAAAAUGGAUAAUUAAUUGCUUUUUUUUUUAAAUGAAAAAAGGAAAGUUGUGAUGUCUAGCAUAGGAAAAGAGGCAUUUAGUUUGUUUUCGACCAUAUUUAGGAGGCAGUAAGAAGCUCUUUGCAAAGGCACCAGUUUCUAAAUCCAGCCCCAAAUGGAAGCUCCAGUUUUAACUGUGCCAAAUAUUAUAUGCAAUAAAAUGGUAUUUCCAAACUAAGGAGUUUAAAAACACACAAAGCAAAUUCUAGAUAGAUACAAACAUUUGUCCAAUAGCAGCAUAAUGGCACAGAUAGAUUGUGCUGUUCAGUAGCUAUCAGCCAAAUGCUUUUGGACUGCAGUGAAAUUCUGCAGCUAAGGUUUAACCCUCUGUUCGCUGGAGUUCAGCAGCGUUUAUUUGACAGUGCCAGUGCUUCUUAGUUGUAGCGUAUCUAAACAUGUUUAUUUAGUGUGCACAUGAUUCCCCACUGGUUUAACUGGCAAAUGUGGAAUGCAGGCUAAUAACAAUUGUUGCAAAUAUGUUGUUCUGUUAUUGUUUGCAUUUUGUAUUAUUUUUUUCCCUUAGGUUUUGACAUGCUUCUUAUUGGCUUGUGUAGUGUUUAGGGCUAAUUUAGUAAUGCAUUACAGCAGUUGCCUGACUUGUCUCCGCAAGGGCUCAUUCCGAUGCUAAUUUUUCAAAGGAACAGACAUGUGGUGAAGUGAUACAGGGCUUUGCUGACCAUUCUGCUUUUGGAGAAAACAAAGAGGGUUGAGUUAAAACAAAAUGAAUGUCUGAUGAUACCGGGACUUUUCCAUGGACUACAUCGAAAAAUUACUUUGUGUUUCUUUUUCUUUUAAUGUUUUAUUUUUAGCAACACUAUUUUUAUGGAGAGACAAAGGAGGCUAUGAAAAAUAAAAUCUUUGGUUUGUAUUUCUCUAAUCAGAAACACUUUCAUCUAAUGUUUUUCUUUUCUUCUCUCUGAAAAUAUUUCCAUUUGUGUGUAAGUUGUUUAAUUGUAAAGGCUGGAGGUAGUAUUGUAAAUCGUAUCUUAGCCAACACCCCCAUCUUACGGUCCUAUGCAUUUACUUAGUGUCUGCAUGAAUGGGUCUUUAAGUAACUGGUGUACAAUGCUGCAUUAUACCCCACAGUGGGGCUCUAUGCAGGUCAGAUAGGCUGUUGGUCUUUGAUGCCUCAGCUUAGUUCUUAACAUUGAUUUCUCAGUGACUGUGAAGGGAAAAAAUACAUGUAUCCCACAGUUCUACGGUUUGUGGGUUUCUUUUCCUUACGCAUUCAUCCGCAGGUCAUACCUCUUACCUGAAUGUGUCAUUUAUGGAACAAAGAGAAAUAUAUUGGGGGUUUUAAUGAUAUGAGUCCAACAUUAUUUUUCUUCAGCAAAACAAGUAUUGCAUUCCAAAUGCAGUCUCAAUAUAUCACUUAAAAAUGAGAAAGCAGGCAUAUUUUUAGUUUUGUUUUUGUUUUUUUUCUUUUUGCAGAUGCUGUAUGUGUCAGUGCAUUUCUGAGCAAUCUGGUCUUGACAUCACGCAGCUAAAAGGCCAGCUACCAUAAAUAAGCGUGGGCAGUCUGUGGUGACUGAAACGGCUUACCCAUGAUGUUAUACUGUUGCUCUUCAUACAAACACUCAUCAGUCCUCCUUAUUUCAUACUGAUUUUGACAGAUGCUGUUCAACCCUCCACAUUUCUGGUCAUUUCAGACUUUUAUGUUGCAGUGAAAAAGCGCUCCUGCUGAGACUAUUUAGGGAUGAAGAGGAAAUUAAAGUAUGACCCUUUUGAUAAUUAUGGUGCAUGUUGAGUUGACAGGAACACCAAUGCUUCAUUUUAAAGCUCCAGGCCAGCCAUCCAAGACGCUUAAUAAUUGGUUUUAAAGGUACUGGGUGAUGUAAUAUAUAGAUACUUAAUUUACUAUGACAUUUACACUAACGUGACUGCAUUACAGUUUGUUUCUGGUGCAGUAAAAGAAAACAGGAACAACAGCUAUGCAUGGUUUGAAAUAUAGGUUGAUUGAGGAUGAGUUUUCUAAGGAUAAACUCUUGUAAAAGGAAAUUUUUUGAAUUAUACAUAUUGUUGCCUCUCAUCCAAAGUCAAGCCUUUAGCCCCCUGUGACCCUGAAAAGGAUAAGCGGUUAAGAAAAUGGAUGUAUGUAAACAAUGCUGUACAAUAUGUUGCAGGUGUUGAUUAAAUACCUCCAAAUUUUUGAAGGUUUUCUAAAUUCUCAAUGGACAGUGAGGUGCUUGUGUUUUCUGGCAGCACACCUGACAGUGUCCAGGUAAGGAAGGGCCUCAAUAAGCAGAUGCAACUCAACUGUUUCUUCAGUUUCCUCAAGAAAAUGCAAGGACGAUCGGCUACUGAAUAUUCAGGUGCCAAACAGAAUGUGGUGGCUGUUUUUUUGCGCUGGCAAAACAGAGUGUUCUUGGUUGUUAGAGUAUGUGUGGGUUGAAAAAGAGCAGACUCUUAUUAUUUUACCCCAGCACAGCAUGGUUCUUUGGCCGUGCUAGCAUCUUCAUAAGAGGCUACUGGCUGUUUGCAACGCCUUUAAUGUGCCUGAUAACCAGGCACAUAUAAACAUUGACAACUACUUCCUUUCUUCUUCUUUUCUUCCUCCUCCGUCUCUUCAGUGUUAAGAGCAAAAGCAGAGGAAAGUCAGAAAUCAACUUAGUACUAUCAACUAUUCAGUCAGUUUGCUUCCCUCUUGCUGUUUUUUUUUUUUGCUGUAUGCCGCCUUGUUGUAAAUAAGAUAGGAAGAUGGCGUGCCAUAACUGCUGCCAUCUCUGACUGUUUUUCAAUUAGUGAUUCAGUAUGAAAUAGAUCGUGUUUGAAGGUUUAUAGGCUCAUCUGUUUGGUACACUGAUUUGCAUACUUCAUUUGAACCCAUUUGCUUUUUUCCUUCUUUUUUAUUUACUAAAAGGUUAAUGAUAAAGUCAAAUAUAUGAUUACUUUGUUUAAGGAAGCCGCGUGUCACUAGCUCUUGUUCUUGCUUUACACUUUGCAGGAUAUGGAGGUAAGUAAAAAUAAUCUGUAACUUGCCACCAUAUGGGUGGAUCUUAUUCCAACUUGAUAAGAUCUGCAGAGAAACAAGUAAAAGGCUAGGAUACGGCUCUAUGUCUUGCAUUCUAUAAGGUUGAGGGUUUGUUUGGAACAUGUGCUUGAGCCCAUAGAUCCAUAUCUGUUGAUGAAGUCUCUUGCAGAAAAAAAGUGUUGGUCAGGUGGCAGAAAUGCUGCCACAGUCUCUCCAUUGACUGAUGCCUUUUUGUGCCCACAGAGGGAUUGUAAUGACCCUUAGAAGUGAGAAAUUGUCAGGACUCAUCCUUCUCUCAACACUUGAUUGGACUCUUUUAUCAUACUGCAAAGCUUUGGCCUGUGUCUUUGUUUUUUUGUUUUUUUGUUUUUAACUAGGGCAGAAUGUGCACAAAUUCAAAAGAUUAAAAAAUGUAAGGGAAUUAAUAACCUUGAAUCACAUUGUCAAAAUAAUAUGUACAAUGUUUUGCAAUUUCACUGGCUAUUGGUUUUGGAUCGAGGAAAAAUGAAUACUGUUAAUACAUCAAAGAGAAAAUGUAAAUGCGAGAGAAGACACAGCAGCUUAUAUACAUAUAACCAGAUAAAUCUACAGUUAGUUGACAAAUAAAAGGCCAGUGCAAAAGUU